GGGAGGGAGAGGAACCGAGGACAUCACUUCCUAUCCUGCCGGCCAUAGGGGGCGUGGGGUUGGGGGGCACCGGCAAGGGUCCUUUGCCCCCCAAGUAGCAGCCCAGCAAGAGGGUUGGGGGGCACAAUGCCCCGUUGAUGCCGCCUGCCCGCCCCCUCCGCCUUUUGCAAGAAGAUCCUUGGUGAGUGCAAGGCGUGUUGCAAUUGCAGAGGGAGGGAUUUCAAACAAAGCUCCUGGCAAAAGUCCCGGGAGGCGAGAGAGCAAAAGAUCUGGGGCUGGAGGGACUUUUGCAUGCAUAUAUUCUUGCUAUUUUCAUGUUUCCAGCUGCUUUCAAUUAUGUGCAGAUCGUGGUUUUGGAAGGCGAUGAACAAAGCAAUGAUUCUAAUGAAAGAGGAGCGGGAGGCGGUUGGAAGAAAAGGCGUUUGCAAAAAUAAAAAUAAAAUAAAAACGAGUUUUAGGGGAGGGAUUCGCCAGCCCCGUUUUCAUCCAGGCUCAGUAUAGGGCUUUAAUGUGCUGCGACCCCAAAGCUGGGGGAGUGCAGGGGGGUAGCCAAGGAUGUAACAGAUAAUAAUAAUAAUAAUAAUAAUGACAAAAUAACACUUCAUGCACCAGAGGGAGUGGACUGCAAUCCACAAAAGCUAAUGCCAGCCUUUGCCAACCUGGUGCCCGGCAGACGCUUUGAACUACAACUCCCAGCAGCCCUGCUUCGUGGGGCUGGGGGGAUCUGUAGCUCCAGUAUGAUGCCCUCCAGAAGUUUUGGAGGUACAACUCCAGCCAGUGCCAGUCCGAAACAUCUGGAGGGCAUCUGGAGCUUAGGGAAGGCUGUUCUGAAGAAUAAGUGACCAGUUAAUUUAAUUUAAAUUUCACAAUGUUUAUAGACCGCUCGGUUGUCAUCAAACCUCAGAUAGGCUUACGGAAAAAUGAUGAAACCAUAAAAUUAGGGUUUUUUUAAUAAAAAAACAAACAAAAAAUGCUUAAAACAUUAAAAAAUAAUUAAAAUGAACUAAAACCAGAUUUGAAAACCUGGCAGCCUCCCUGAAAUGUGUUCCAGGGGGCUGUUUGGAAACCAAUUCUGUUUGCAUAAUUACUCUGAAGUAAUUUCCUCAGUAUUCAGUAGGGCUUACUCAUUGGUAAAGGUAAAGGGACCCCUGACCAUUAGGUCCAGUCACAGACGACUCUGGGGUUGUAGUGCUCAUCUCACUUUAUUGGCCAAGGGAGCCGGCGUACAGCUUCCGGGUCAUGUGGCCAGCAGGACUAAGCCGCUUCUGGCGAACCAAAGCAGCGCACGGAAACGCCGUUUACCUUCCCGCUGGAGCGGUACCUAUUUAUCUACUUGCACUUUGACAUGCUUUCAAACUGCUAGGUGGGCAGGAGCUGGGACUGAGCAACGGGAGCUCACCCCGUCGCAGGGAUUUGAACCGCCGACUUUCUGAUCGACAAGUCCUCAUUGGUAGGUGUGUGUAAAAUUGUAGCCUGACUUAAACCUUUGUUCUGCCUGCUUUUGCUUCCAGCCGCAAUACUUUUUGUCAGGAAAAUGGAUUGUUAAUAGUCCCCACUGAAUGGUAUCCCCCCCCAAUGGGGAGCAAAAGAUUAGGAAAUAACUGGUGAAUUGUCUUGAAUUUUUAUUAUUGCAUUUGUAUCCCACCAUUUCCUCCAAGGAGCGUACAUGGUUCUCCCUCAUUUAAUCCCCAACAAGAACCCUGGGAGUUAGGUUACUUUGAGAGGCAGAGACUGGCCCAGGGUCACCCAUUGAGCUUCAUGGACGAGUCAGGAUUUGAACCCUGGUCUCCCUGUUCUUAGUCCAACACUCUAACCGCUGCACCACACUGACUCUUAUUUUUCUUCUUUCUUUUUGGAAUGUGAGAGAUUAUCAGAAUUUGGGAAGCCCUUCUUCUCCCCUCACCCCACUCUGAACUUUGAGGAAGAUUUCUGAUGUCAGCUGUGUGUCAGAACAUUUGCUUUACAUGAGAAGGCUCCAGGUUCAAUUCUCAGGGACUCCAGUUAAUAUUAAUUAUUGUUAUUGUUAUUAUUUAUUUCAGUUCUAUGUUGCUUUACAGUUUUAAAGAAAAAAAUCUCGAAGCGGUUUACGGCACAUUUAAAACAUCAAAUAGAACAAUCCAGGAUAAAACGUUGCUGAAGAAAGUAAAAUACCUUAAGGAUAUCAAAAUAAAACAUUGGAAAGGAGGCCAGCUCCAGAAUGCACAUUUAAUGCAGCAAAGAUAACAACAGAAAAUAAAUUGGAAGCAUUUCAAAAGAAAACAUUACUAAAGGAAGUCAAAUAUAAAAUGCAUGUUCAAAACAACAGUAAAUGCAGAUUUUAAAAUAAAGUAAUAUGCCCAAGUGUCCCAAAAAAGUUAUUUAUGUAUGCUACUACUGCGGCCCGUGUUUUGCUAGCCCAAAAAAGGGAAAACGAGCAAGGUCCCAACUAAAGAAGAACGGCAACUCAAGUUGACAGAAUAUACGCAACUUGCAGAUUUAACAUAUAGGGGGAAAAAGCAAGAAGAACAUACGUUCAGAGAAGAUUGGGAAACGUUUAUUGAAUAUAUGGGGAAAGAAUUGUGUAUAUCUGAAAACGGUGGCAGCAUUAAGAUAAAUUCAACAGUGUAAAUAGUUUAGAUGGAUGUAAUAAUGGAAUACUGAAUGGUUUAGUUUACAUAAAAUAUGCCGGGAUUUAUGAUAUGUAAAAUGAACCGUGGAAAGAGAAGAAGGGAAGUCAUUGAUAUUAUAAUGAUGUUAAAAUUAGUAUUUUAAAUUUCUAAACAGAAAAUUUAAAAUAUUUUUUUAUAAAAAAUAAAAUAAAUAUGUUAACGCCAUAAACUUUGGUGGUUUUGCAACUACUGGUCUUUUGGACUGACAUUUCUCUCUCCUCGCCUCACGUUGGUUGGCUGGCAUCAGCACAGCUAACUCAGGUCAGUUCCAGGGUUUGUACUAUGCUCUUAGGCUACCUGAGCCAACAUAGUUUUCAGAAAAAAUUCAUUGAGAGUAUAUAUCAUUGUAAAGUUAGCUGGGAUGAGAUUUCAUUGCCAUCUGAUUUUGAUCUCAAAGUCCCAUAGAUUCCCAUGGGAGACAGAAGUAAGUUUUAUUCUGAAAUCUUUAAGAUAAUAUUUUAGUUUUCUGUUAAUGUUGCUUUCACUGUAUACUCUAUAUUUGACUUUCUUCAGAUUGUUUUAUUUAUGUUUUAUUGAAUUAACAUGUUGUAAACCACUUUGAGAUUCUUCUUAAAAAUAUAAAGCGGUAUAGAAAUUAAAAAUAAAUAAAAACGUUUCUAGUCUCUCCUAACCUUUUUAAUGGUGCUUAUUCCUUCCCUUAGGGAGAAGCUCACCGGGAACAAAUUUGAGCCUCUUUGGCCUGCGGUGGGUGUUGUUUUGAGGUGCCCAACCACCCUUCCAAAAGUCAACAUUGGACGAAUGGUCACCCCGGUUGCAGAUGCCCGGCUUGGCCUGAGACACAAAAUGGCCACUGAGCAAGGUAGCGCCAACACCCCAAGCUUCCAGUUGCCAGCGGAUCCGAAAGUGGGGGCGAAAAUGGCGGAAGAGGAGCAGGCCAGCUACCUUGCCGGCAGGGCUGCGGGUCCUUGCAUUCUUCAAGCCGGGAGCAUGUGGGGCCUUGAGAGGAGAAGCGGGGAAGAUACCCCGAGUGGGACCAGCAGCGUCUCCAACACUUGGCAUCAAUAUAUCCGGCCAUUUAGCCACCACGAAGCCGAGUGGCCGCGGCAAGUUUGUCGGCAGCUCUGGGAGCUGUGCUGCCGGUGGCUGAAGCCGGAGAGACACGGCAAGGAGCAGAUUUUGGACCUGGUGGCCCUGGAGGAGUUCCUGAGGGCCUUGCCCCCAGAAAUGCAGAGCUGGGUCAGGGCGAUAGGGCCAGAGGGUGGCUCGCGAGCGGCGGCGGCUGACAAUUUCCUCCCGAGGGAAAGAAGCAGUGAGGAGCAAGAAGAAGAGGUAAGAACGGUUUGCUGCAAGCAAUCUGAAGGGGUUGAGAAGGUAGGUGCUUGCUGACCACUGUUGCGCCGUUCCUUUUUUUCUCAAUUUUCGGGAAAUGGGUGCCGUUCCUUAAGUAGCCAAAACAGCACCGCCCACGAGGGGGAAGCGACAGCAGGCUAAGGGAACCCCAGUCUAUCUGCAGAAGUACAAAAAGGCUUUACAGUGGUACCUCGGGUUACAGACGCUUCAGGUUACAGACUUCAGGUUACAGACUCCGCUAACCCAGAAAUAGUACCUCGGGUUAAGAACUUUGCUUCAGGAUGAGAACAGAAAUCGUGCUCUGGUGGCACAGCAGCAGCGGGAGGCCCCAUUAGCUAAAGUGGUGCUUCAGGUUAAGAACAGUUUCAGGUUAAGAAUGGACCUCCGGAAGGAAUUAAGUUCUUAACCCGAGGUACCGCUGUAUAAGGGGGUCCGGAAAACCUUGAAAGGGGAAAAUCUCCAAAAAUUCCCAUAGAGGAAUGAGCAUUCUUAGGUGACAUUUGAGCCAUACCUCUGAAGCGCUGUGACACUACUUUAGACGGUCAUGAAUUCACCCAAAGAAUCAUGGAAAGUGGGUUGUUUUUUAGGAUGCCCAGAAUUGUUAGGGAGCAGUUCUGGGCAUCCUAAAAAAAAAAAAAAAAACUUCCCAGGGAUGGUAGGAUGAAAGGAAUCUGUCAACUUGCCAAGGAACUGAUAAGGUUCAUUAUUGAGUCAUCUGCAGUUUGACAGACCGCUCUUCCCAGGGUGAGAGGGAAAAUGGCAAAAACAGGUUAUUUAUUGGGACAGUGACUUUUGCAGCUGUUGUUAAAGUUGCAAAACAACAAAGCACGGGACAGAGCAAGGGAGAAAUUUCUGGAACUACAAUGGAAUAUCAGCUUCGCCCAAGGCAUGAUGGAGAACAGCAACAACCGGGGGGGGGGGGAAUAGACAUAAUAUUUUACAAGGACAGGAAGAAAUAACACGGACAGAAUAAUUUCCACACACAGGAAGAACAAGGUUAUAGUUUGAGCGCCUCACUUGUAGUUUUAUCAAUCACUUAAUGUGUCAACACGAAAUUAUUAAUAUUGCAGUUGUCGUAUAAUGGGAUUAUUAUUAUGACCGGAAUGUAAUUGAAAUUAAUAAGAUUUUGGAACGCAGAAAUAAAGAAACUCAUCAACCUUCAAUUCUAGCAUGUGAGGAGGGGCCACUUUAUCUAAAUUAUAUAGUUCAGUAUUUGAAUGAUUGGUAUUGGUAAUUGUAUUGUAAACUGGCAUUGUUAUAAUAAGGCUAUUCUUGGAUUGUAAUUGAAAACUAAUAAAAAGUAUUAUUAGAAAACUAAGAAAAAGAAUUGUUAGGGGGCCCCCAUCCCCAUCACAGAGCUACAAUUCCCCAAGCGGUUUAACAUGCAACACCUCUUCACAGGGAACUCUGGGGACUGUAGCUCUGCCUGCUUUCCAGCGGAUCUUUGCACCCAUAAUAAUAAUAAUAAUAAUUUAUUUGUACCCCGCCCAUCUGGCUGGGCUUCCCCCGUCACUCUGGGCGGCUUCCAACAAAAUAUUAAAAUACAAUAAUGCAUCAAACAUUAAAAGCUUCCCUAAACAGGGCUGCCUUCAGAUGUCUUCUAAAAGUCUGGCCCUCUGCCUGGCCCUCUGCCUGGUUCCCUGUAACUUGGCUUCUCGCAGUGAGGGAACCGCCAGAAGGCCCUCGGCGCUGGAUCUCAGUGUCUGGGCUGAACGAUGGGGGUGGAGACGCUCCUUCAGGUAUACAGGACCGAGGCCAUUUAGGGCUUUAAAGGUCAGCACCAACACUUUGAAUUGUGCUUGGAAAUGUACUGGGAGCCAAUGUAGGUCUUUCAAGACCGGUGUCCAUGAGGACUAGAACCUUAAACAAGCUCAGAAGCUGCAUUCUUUGCUCAGCUCCACAUCCCAUGCUUUUUCCUAUGCUCCCUGCAAACAGUGGCACAGCCCUUGCUUGAUAUGAACUGUGAGCAAAUGAGAAAUCGCGCUGCUGAGAAGUUGACGGUGCUUUCUCCUUUCAGGAGCAAGUGACUUUUGAAGAGGUGGCUGUGUAUUUCUCCAGCGCCGAAUGGAGUCUCCUGGAUGCCAGCCAAAAAGCCCUGUACAGGGAAGUUAUGCUGGAGAAUUACGGGAACGUGGUCUCCCUGGGUAAGGACGCUGUUCAAAAAGCAGAAAAAUAUGAGUAUUGGUUUGGUUCAUCUCAAUAUGUUUCUGGCAGCUGAAUUUCAACACCUUCCCUGCUGGGGGCAGGAGAUUCAUAAUCCACCUGACCCCACAGAUGACACUUUCAUAUUUAAAGCUCUAUGAUAGCACUUUAAAGAGUCAUGGCUGCCCCCAAAGAAUUCUGGGAGCUGUAGUUUAUUAAGGGUGAUAAGCGUUAUUAGGAGGCCCCUAUUCCCUUCGCAGAGGUAAAAGUCCCAUAAUUCCCUGGGAAGAGGGCUUGAUUGUUAAACCAGUCUGGGAAUUGUCACUUUGUGAGGAGAACAGGGGUCUGCUGUCAGCUCUCAGCACCCUUAACCAACCACAGUCCCCGGGAUGUUUUGGGUGCAGAAGCUGUGGCAGCUGAAGGGAUAUAAGAAUUCUUUAAAUGUUUAGGGGAGAGCGGGCGGGGUCAGCUCCACGUUUGAGGGCGGACAUGGCAAAGUGGGGAAGAGUCACAGCUCUGUGGCUGAGCACAAAGUCUCAGUUUCAAUCCCUGGCACCUCCAGGCAGGAUUAGGAAAGGCUCCUUGCCUGAUUCCCCAGAUAGCUGCUGCCAGUCAGUGAAGACAAUACUGAGAUAGAUGGACCCAUGCAUCAGGUAGCUUUCCUGUGGAAGAGCCUAGCCACUUCUCUGGUGUCUGAAGAGGGCCAGUAAGGUUGAGUGGAGCCCUUUUCGAGAAGUCACAAAAGUAAAAAGGUUGUGCUGAUGGUUUUCCGUUUUGUUUCCUCUGAAGGACUUUGGCUUCUCAAACCCGAAUUCGUCUCCUGGCUGGACGAAGAGGAAGGAGAAAGUGAGAUAUUUGUCCAGGGAGCUGCGGAAAGAGAGGAGAGAUCAAGAGGAAGGAGUUCUUUGGGUAUUUAUUUGUAUUCACUCUUAUUUGAUUUACACACUGCUCUUUAAUAGGUUCCCAAAAGAGCUUACAGAAAGUCCAAACCACACUAAAACUACACACACACACACACACACACACACACACACACACACACACACUAUUCUAAGCUAUCAGCAGAAUUAAAACAAAACACCAGGCAACAUUGGAAAAAAAACCAGACAGAAGAUUUUAAAAACCAACAAAAAUUUUAUGUCACAAUUCUCUGCUUCUUCCGGCAGGGGCUGAGAAGGGGUAUGAGAAGCAGACGAAUGGGCCGGAAAGUUCUAGAGACGUGGAACUGUGCGAUGAGGCUUUGUUGAGAAGAGCUGAGCCAGAAGAAGCGCUCGGCAGCGCAUGGGCAGGAGACGCCAAGGGGCAACUGGGGAGCCGCUCACAUGAAAGCCAAGUCCAGUUCCUUAAUUGCCUGGAAGGCUAUGGCAAGCCUGAGGAUUAUUUGGCCCAGCUGGGAAUCUUCCAGAGCGAGGGAGCUUUCGAAAGCAUGAAGGCCUUCAUGCAGAAUCCUGACCUCCUUGUCCCGAACCAAGCGAGUCUUCCGGGACGGAGGACGCACCAGUGCUUGGUGUGCGGGAAAAGGCUGGCCAGCCGAGGGAAGCUCAUCAUCCACGAAAGGACGCACACGGGAGAGAAGCCGUUUGCCUGCUCCGACUGCGGGAAGUGCUUCAGCCAGCAGGCGCACCUCAGCGGCCACCGAAGGACCCACACGGGGGAGAGGCCCUUCCAGUGCGCCGAGUGCGGAAGGAGCUUCAGCGACAGGACCUCCUUCAAGAGGCAUGAGAGGAUCCACACGGGAGAGAAGCCCUACGAGUGCACUGAGUGCGGGCGCCGCUUCAGCGACUGGACGGCCGCCAGGAGGCACAUCGCGGCCCAAACGCGCACCAAAGCCCACAAGUGCGCCGACUGCGGGAAGGGCUUCCAAAACCUGGAGGAGCUCCUGAAACACGAAGAGGGGCACCCGAGCGACAAGCCGUACACGUGCUCGGUCUGCGCGCAAGGCUUCAGCAAGGCGCAGUACCUUUUCCGGCACGGCAUAACGCACGUGAGGGAACGGCGCGAGCAGCAGGACCAGAGAGGCUCCCCUGGCGAAGGGGAAGCGGCUGCACAGGAAUCGCCGGUGUGCGCGAGGGAGGGGCGCGAGGGCCGAGGGUGCAGCGAAGGCUCGCUUGCCAAGUGCGCCCUGAAACGCGCGGGAGCCGGGAAGGCCUUUGGGUGCUCGGAGUGCGGCCGCAGCUUCAGCCAGAGGACCAACCUGGUCAUCCACUGGCAGACCCACACGGGGGAGAAGCCCUACGAAUGCGCCGAGUGCGCAAAAUGCUUCGGCACCCGGACGUCCUUGCGAAGGCAUCGGAGGAUCCACACCGGGGAGAAGCCCUAUCAGUGCUCGGACUGCGGGAGGUGCUACAGAGACGGGACGUCCUUCCGGCGGCACAAAUUGACCCACACAGGCGAGAAGCCACUUCCGGAGAGCUUUCCAGCUCCAGCCCAGCUCAUUAAACAGGAAGAAACCCACAUGGGGGAGAUUCUCUGGGGCAGCCCCAGUUGCAGGGAAACUCCAGCUCAACAGCCGUUCUAAAGGAGGAGGCUUCCAAGAAGGAAGUCACAGAACAGCAGGGGUAGGAACCUGUGGACCUCCAGAUUCCCGCCCCCCCCAAUUAUUUUUGCUGGGCUACAACUCCCUUCCUCCCUCACCACUGACCAUGCUGGCCGGGGAGUUGGAGUCCAACACAGACCCAGAGGGUCAUUGUGUCAAUGAAAUACAAACUCUUGUACAGUGGUAACUCGGGUUACAGACGCUUCAGGUUACAGACGCUUCAGGUUACAGACGCUUCAGGUUACAGACUCUGCUAACCCAGAAAUAGUACCUCGGGUUAAGAACUUUGCUUCAGGAUGAGAACAGAAAUCGUGCUCUGGUGGCGCGGUGGCAGCAGGAGUCCCCAUUAGCUAAAGUGGUGCUUCAGGUUAAGAACAGUUUCAGGUUAAGAACGGACCUCCAGAACAAAUUAAGUACUUAACCCGAGGUACCACUGUAUUGGGGUAGAAGCUGUUUCUUACAAACCUGCCACAUCCCCUCAGACCGCUUAUCCAUUUGAACCCCCCUUAGCCGAAUUGUAGUUCAGCAACAUUUAGUGUGCUCACAGCAGGCCAUCCCCCCAUCCCUGGUUUCGCCUUUCCUCGAACCCCCAGGAAGUUCUAGCAGCCCAUUUUCCCCCCAAGUCAUAAUUGUUAAGUUUCAGAACUUUGGCCAUAUUUACGCCACACAUUUUAAGACACCAUGAUACCACUUUGAAGUGUCAUGGCUUCCCAACAGCAAUUCUGUGAGCUGUAGUUUGUUGCUCCACCCCCAGAUGUACAAAUUUAAUAAAUAGUAAUGAUAACUAUGGGAAUAGUAACUCUGGAAGGGGAAUAGUGGGGUCUCCUAUCAACUCUCAGCACCCUUAGCAAACCGCAACUCCCAGAAGUCUUUGGAGGGAAGCCAUGAUUUUUGAAAGUGCAUUAUAAAUGGAUUGUGCGCAGGUGGCCUUGGUGCAAGUGCCUCAGUUUGAAUGUGUGCUGGAUCAGUUACAAAGCAGCCUGGUAUCUAUAGGCAAAGACUGCAGCUUCUGAAACUAAGGAAAUCUGGAAAUUAAAAAUAAAAAGAUCUUGUUUUAAAAGGGAUG